ACGGCCAAAGUAAGUCGGCGCCAAUCAAGAAGAGGAGAGUGAAGGCAUAUCAAACCCUAGCCGCAAAUGAAAUUUUCCAGAAGAAGCUAUUGAGGUCUCGGCUCCAUGCUGGUCGGGAGUUCGAACCUCGCAGAUAAUACAAGUUUUAAAAAAAAACCCCAAAAAAUAACCAAAACCCAAUAAAAAAUAUUCCACUGAAAUCUUCAGAUCUGGAGUAGGGAAAUUGUUAUAAAGUAGUUUACAUAAAUUGUUUUGUCAGGAGAUGCAGAGUUUUUGGGUGAUGUAAGCAUGUUCUGCGGGGUUCUAGAAUUUGCCUCCUGUUUGGAUGCAUGUAAGCUUGAGAAAUAGACAUCGGUGGGUUUAGGUUUUGAGUCUCAUGAAAUCCUGAUUCAUUCAUGGCUCCGUGUUUUUGUUUGCAAAAGGUUUUUAGUGGAACGCCAUGAGUUCGAAGCCUGUGGAGCCCCAGGGUGAGCGAGCUCACCUACAGCAGAAGAACCAGCCACAGGAUUUGCAGAACGGCCCGGGUUUGAAACUCACUCCAAACACUUCGUCCAGAUAUAAGCUACGAACGCCAAGGACUAAUACUAUUGAAAACGAUGUCUCCAGGAAGAGGAGAGCUGGUGAACAUGCGCUUCCGAGGCCGUCGGACAAGAAGCAAAAGGCAGGUGGUGACUCAUGUGACCAGACGCCGAGAGUAGAUGAUACUGGCGGAGUACCUGUGAAGCUGAAAGGAGCUGACCCAUGCGACCAGAGGCUGGCAUCAGGCGCCGACGGCUUAAUUGAGGUUCGUAUUAAGGAAAGUGAUUUUGUUAGUGUAAUUAACAGAAGAAUUGAAGUAUAUUGGCAUCUGGAGGACACAUGGUAUAUUGGGAAUAUUAAGCGCUAUGAUGCUUAUAAUAAAUUGCACCAUGUUGUUUAUGAUGAUGGGGAGGAAGAGUGGGUGUCAUUAGAGAGGGAUAGGUAUAAAAUUCAGGUGGCUCCUGUGGAGUUUGCAAGGCUAUCGAGCAGAAGUAGGAAGAGAAAUAUACAUGGGAAUUCAGAAAACAGGGGUUUUGUACAUAGAAAACAUUUUAAUGGUGAUACUGGAUUUGUACAGAAGAGAAGUGACGUUAAUGUUGGGGGCGGUGCUAGUUUUGUACAGAGAACAAGUACCGAUGUUGUGCAGAAAGAUGGCAUUGACGAUGGUGCUAAUUGUGUACAGAAAAAUGGUCUUAGUGGGACUACUGAUGUUCUAAAGAGGAGAGGUAUGGUUGGGUAUGCUGAAAUUGUACAGACUGGCAAUUGUGGCUUGCAGAAGCGUGAUGAUGCAAGAAGGAAGAGAUUGAAGAAGAAUUCUAAACAUGUCAAGAAUGUGGGUGUAGGUGAUUUGACAGAGCCUUAUGAAGGUGUGAGAUUUGGACUCGGUUCAAGUAAUAAGAGCCUAGGCAAGGUUAAGCGUUAUGAUCCUACGAAUAAGUUGCAGCUUGUUGAAUAUGAGGAUGGGGAGGAAGAGUGGGUGCCAUUAGAGAGUGUUAAUAAUGUGGUUUCAAGAGAAAUUUCGGGGGCACCCAGUACCUGUACCAAGGGCAAUUUACUCGAAAGUACAGAUUUUAGAGGCAGCGGGCAGAGUGAACACUUUCGUGCUGAGAUUUUAGAGAAUGCUGAGGGUCGUCUGCAGGAAAAUGAUGGGAGGAGGAAACGACGGAAGAUGGAUUCAAACCAGGUUACAUAUGAUGUGCAGAAGAAUUAUGAUAUUAGUGAGACUGUUGAUUAUGCCACUACAGUGCGGGAUUCUGGUUUGGAACACAAGGCACAGAGUGAUGUGGAAAAAGCUAAGGUCACAUUUGUUCUUGGCGAUUCUGGUAUUAACAGUGGUUCAGUGGUAGAUUCGGCCACGGUUUUGCCUAAUUUUGCCAGGGAACGUAAGCGGCAGGGUAAGAAUUUAAAACAGAGUUUCACAGAUGGGUUUUGGAUUCAGAGUGAUUCAAAGCAGCUUAAAAAUACAAAAAAUGAUGAUUUACAGAGGGAAUGUGCUGAUUCUGGCAGCCCAUUGCUGGAUUCCGUUCGGGAAUUUGAAACACAGAGCAAUGCAGGACAGAAAAACUUUUUAAGUGCUUCUGGUGAUUCAGGUACCAACAAUGGCUUUAAGGAGGGAGUUAGUGCCACUACAGAAGAUCAAGUGGCCGUUCCUUCAGUGUUUCAUCAAAGAAAGACUCCUGCAAUUACUUACUCUCGGAAGCGACAGCAUAAUUCCAAAAGAAGUGACGAUUUAAUUGAAGAUGAAUCUGGAAAGGGCAGAAACAAUAUUUUAAUUGUUCACAGGACAGAGGCCAAACCCACACCGAAAGGCAAAACUGUUGAAGAGGAAAUGGGUGUCUUUUCAGGCCUGCAAAAUGAUUCUAUUGUGCCGAAGCAAUCCCUUGACAGGGCUGGUGCAUAUUCAGGCAUUGGCAAUGAUUUAGCUGUGCAAAAACACUCCAAUGAUAAGAAUGUUUCUUCUUCAUCGGGCAAUGACUCAAUUACGCAGAAACAGCCUGUAAAUGCUUAUUUCAGAAGGCGCAAAAGAAGUUGCACUGGUAAUAUGGAUAUCAUGGCUCAGGUGAAGGUUUCUUAUAGGAGCAACCAGAGCUUGGAGCAGAUAUUUAUGUUUUCUCUAAAUAAUUUGAUUGUAAAUGAUGCCCUCAGGAUACAUGUGUCUCCCUUGAACUUAAGACAGCCAUCAUAUUGCCCAUGUGUUGCUCCUGGUCUGCAGUUAUGCAACAGAGGAAGUGACAUGACGCAUUUUGAAUUGGUUAAAUCACAAAGCUUGGAGGAUUUUAUGCUUUUGCUCCAAUCCUUGUUGCAGUUUUCCCGUGCUUGUGUUCAGCAGUCCAGUUCUUCUCAUUCUGCAUUGCAACAAUUCCGAUUUGGGACUUUGAAUCCUAUCAAUUUAAGGAAUUUGUCACCUUUGGAGUUCUUAAAACUCAUCACCAGUCUGUCAGACAUUCAGAUGCAGGUUUUGAUCGUUGACACGUUGUCCAAUUUAAGAAAAUUUCAUAUUUCAGGGUAUUUCUGGGAGGUGUUGAGAAAUUUUAUUUUGUCUCUGGUUCCUGUCAUGGGCAUUGGAGCUCCAAGCUCAACAAACUUGCAUGUGGCAUUUCAAUCAAUUAACUUACAGAUUUCAUCUGUACAAGGGGGUCUCUCUUUCUCUUGCAAGCUUGAGAACAUCCAUUGGACACCAAGUGCAAAGCAGGCUGAAUGGUAUUUCUUGUCAAAAGGGCUAGUCAAGGGUGAGUCCAGUGGUGGCCGUUCAGCUAAUUGUGUUGGCCGUUCUUUACUUCCUGAACAGCUGGUGUUUGAGCGUGAUGCAAAUUUUUUGAAUGGUUUUCAAGAGAGCUCUGCAACCCAAUAUUUCACUUCUUAUCAUCAGUACUGUUGCAGGAUCCCUCAAUCUCACACUAAAAAUGAUUUUGGCACUUUUCAAACUAUUCCACCUUUCCAAAUGAGCUUUUCAUCAGCUCCGAGAUUUUUUGCCUGCCUGCAUAUGAGGCUAUCAUUUGGAAAGGGAACUUGUUUAGAUUGCUCCCGAAUUCAUGGAUUAGUGUCAGCCAAUGUGAAUAAUGCUCUAAAUUCAAGCUAUGAAGAGACAGACAUUGUUAAAUCUAACAAACAUUUACUUCCUGGGAUUAUACCCAAUGUAGAGGAACGAGCAAUGUUUUCUAGAGAAAGUCAGAGCUCAAUUCAUGUACCUGUGAAACAUGUAAAACUGGAGGAAAAUAUUUUUAGCAUUGCAGAGAAUCAGAGAGUGCAAUUAGCUACACCAGCUUUAGGAUUUGAUUCCAAUGUCAUAGGGUGUGUUUCAGAUAAGCAUUUAAAGAGAUAUAACAUGCUUCCUAUUAUCAAGAUCCGGAGAACUAAUCACAAUUCAUGGCAUUUUGCUGGGGUUUUAAGCCCCCCUCCCUUUGUGGGAGGAACUUCAAGAGUAAUGAUUCCUCGAGUUGCUGGCACCAGUAAUCACAUGGAGUCAAGUCAAAGUGGGGGUUCCCGUUCAACCUCUGAAAAUGCUGAUGAUGCUGUCCUGAGACCUGCUAGAUCUAGAAGACGUGGAAGACCACGCAGGCAAAGUAGUCAAGAGAAAUUGAAUGAAAUGGGAGUGAAUUUUUCAAAGCUACGAGCAGAAAUAGAUUCUGUUGUGUGUAGUGCAAAUAUCUUGAUUUUUGGGAGGGACAGAUGUUGGAGAGAGUCUGGUGCUGAAGUCAGAUUGGUUCACAGGUCAAAUGAAUGGGUUCUUGAUGUCAAGCUUCAUGGAUCCACAAAAGUUACUUAUAAGGCCCAAGAACAAAAAGUUCGCAGCUCACAGGAGAAAAAGCAACGAGUACCUGGCAAGCCCAAUUGCCACACAAUAAUUUGGACAGGUGGACAAAAUUGGAGUUUGGAGUUCCCUAACGAAACUCAAUGGUCUCUGUUCAGGGACUUGUACGAGGUGUGUUACAAUCGAAACUUUCGGGCUGCUUCAGUGAAGGAUCACCCAACACCAGCGGUUAGCCUGCUGAGUAAUGAGAGCACGAGUACUGUUGAUGUACCCUUUGUGCGUUCCCUAAACUACAUUAAAGCAGCAGAUGAUGAACUUAGUAGGACUCUGUCUAGAAGCAAUAUUUAUGACAUGGAUUUUGAUGAUGAACGGUGGCUUUUCCAGCUCAAUAGCAAAUCUGUUCACGAGGAUGGCAGUGGGUUUGAUGAAGUCUCUGAAGACACGUUUGAGAGAGUUAUAAGCUCUUUGGAGAAAGCUGCUUUCAUCCAGCUUCAGGCUUUGACUAUAGAGGAUGCUAUUCAAACCUGUUCUGGUUUGGUUCCUGAAGAGGUGUUGACAUCCAUAUAUUCCUACUGGUUAGAAAAGAGGGAUAAGAAGAAGGAUUUGUACUGGUAUGGAUCCCGUGGAAGUGUUGGCGUCAAGGCAUUGGUUCCACAAUUUGAGAUGAAAGGUAAGGAAAGUCUGCCCCAAACAAAGCGUCGUGGAAAAAUAUUUAGAGGAAAGGCUUAUACGGGGCAACACAAUGUAAGAACCACAGGAAAGCAUGGUGUGAGGAAUCAGAUUGAAAUGCAGCACAAAAAACGACAGCAACGACAAGUUAAUGUAAUAUCUUUUGGCAGUGGUUGUACAUCUCAUGCAUCAGAACUACAGCAGCAACAAGAUAACGAAGUAUCUUUUGGUAAUGCGUGUCCAUCUUAUGCAUUAGAACCACAACAGCAACAAGAAGUUAACAGACUAUAUAGUGGCAAUGGGUGUUCAUCUGAAGCACUAGAACUACGACAGCAGCAAGAAGUUAAUGGCUGUCCAUCAAAUGCAUUAGUCCUUGUUUCAGAUGAGGAAGCUAGAGUUCAAGAUGCUAAAGGAUAUGCGAGCAAUGCAGGAGAAAUUGCCAUGACAAGACGUGCAAGAUCCCAUAGGCUACUGCAGAAGGCAGACUUGGCAAUAUUUAAAGCAGUAAAAGCUUUGAAGAUUGCAGAGACAAUAGAAUUAAACGAGGAAGCAAGAUCAUCAAAAAUUGUUAGCAAUGUCUUUUCACCAAGCUUUUCUACUGAUUAUAGGGUAGAUGAAAAUGGUCGUAGAAGAGAAGGUUCCAUUGGUAGUCCAUCCUGGGCAUUGUCGACAUAUGGGCAUUGAUGGCAUGCUAUAUCUGCUUCUAUAAUUUUUGUGGGUGCAAAUUAACAAUGCUAAAUAAUAUUGGAAUGCUCUUCUUUGAUCCAAUAUUAAAUCAUAUGAAAAUUGUGUCUCUGACUAAAGAAGUGCAGAGAAUUCAAAUCGAGACAUAUGAGAUGGAACUGCACAAUCAGAAAGUUCUAAGAAGAUUUUUGGGAUGAUGAUACAAACGAUGUGAAAUCCCACCAAUUUUGAACCUGAUUCAGGUUUUUUUGCACACGAGUUGGUGCAAUUAUGGUUACCUAAUUUGUAAAUUCUUUGUUGGUGUGAUCAUUUUGUACUUUAUUUUGCUUCUACAGGAAGGGGGCUUGUACACUUAAGAAUGAUUCCAGUAUCAUGUAUAUUAUAAUGUUCAAUCUUACAUCUUAUUCUGAAUAACAUUUUGUUUGUGGCUGA